CCGGGGCGCGAUCUCGCCGGUCUCUACCAGCUGCUGCCUCCAACUCCAUCAUCUAUGCCCAAACUUUCCGGACUUUGAGUGUCUUGGUCCCUCGCCUCUGCCCCGUCCUCAUCUUUGACCCUGUCCCUGCUUCUCUCCUCCAACCCCAUCCUCCAUCCGUUCCUCCCUACCCCUUUGCCCCAUCACUGCCUCCCCUCUGCCCCUCUCCCACGUCUCCAUCCUCCUUUCUACCUCUGUCCCGCCUCCCCACUCGCCCACUCGGUCCUCCUUCGCCCUCCUCCGCGGCCGGGCCGGAGCCAGGCCCAGGCGGCGGGAAGGCGUCCGGGCGUCCGGCCGGGCUGGGCCUCGGCCUGGCGGCUGGGCCGGCGUGGGGAGCAGCAGCUGUUUGCCAUUAGCUGGGGACCCCGCAGGCCCCGCCCCUACCCUGUACGGGGCGGGGUCCUCCUCGCCCCCGUCUUUGAGGCGAGGAGAGGAGCGGGAAGACCCCAGAGACGUCCAGGCUGGUCUGGGAGGGGGGCUUUAGGGAGACCCCGCCGGACAUUCAGGCCUGCCCGGGACCCCCCGCCCCUUCCCUGAGCCUCCCACCUGUCCCCUCUUGGAGUGUCCUGUCCCUUUCUCUCCAUGUCUCUCUGUCCUAUCCCGUGUCCUCCGCUUUCUCCAGGGGUCCUACAGAGGGAGAGGAGUCUCAGCCACAGACACCCACCACCAUUACACUUGCCCCCACCAUCUGCUUUCUCCACCUGGAGUCAGUCACCGGCCCACGUGGAAGACGGUCAGGCAUUGAAAGACAGAGAAGUGAGGACAGAGACGUGGAGAGACAGGGAGAGACAAGUGAAGAGAGACACAGAGAGACAGAGACUUGGAGAGACACAGAGAGACGUGGAGAGACGAAGCAAGACGCUAAGCAAGGAGGGUGUGAGACAGGAGAAGCUUGGCUGCCCCUGGAGCCCCGGCCCCGCCUUCAUGCCCAGCAGGUGGCCCACCUGGCCCAUCCUCCCAGGUACCCACUGCCCCAGCACCUGCAGCUUGCAAAGGGUCCUCUCUGGUGGUGGGAUGGACCGGGACCUCUGCAGCAGGGUGGCUAGGGGUCAGACAGCAGAAAGGACUGUCCAAACUCAGGUGGAGUGUUGGGGACAAAAGUGCCCUGGCCAGCCUCCAGGGCUGGCGGGGGGCAGGUUAGUGAGAGGCCCUCCUUGUCCCUCCUCUUUGAAGCCUCCAGGCACCCCCUCUUACUUCCUCCCCCCACCCCCAUGACUUCUCGGGCCUCCACCCGGCCUUCUAUCCCCGCCGCGCUGCCCCCCGCGCCCCCCCCCAGCCCUGAGCCGGACGCAUCCUUGGUCGGGGUGGUGGGGGGGUGGGGGCAGGAAGUUCUCGUGUAGCCCGGCAGCGAAACUGUUUAUUUUUAGAGAAAAUUGUUUCCAUAAAGGGAAAAGGCUUUGCUCCUCGCUGCCUCCCCCCAACUUUCCCUACCGCCCCCUACCCGCACCGCCUGGCCUGACCCAGCUCUGUUUUGGGGUCCCCUACCCUGAGCUCUAUUCCUCUUUGUGCCCUGUGUCUCGUCUCCUCGGAUCCUUGCAGGAAGGCUGUCUCCCCACGAGUGCCCCAGCCCUCGGUCCACCUAAGCCCCCAUCUGUCCCAGCAGCCAGCUCUUGCCUGGGCUAAGGGGAGGGGGCUCAGGAAAGGUGGGGCCUGUCAGGCUUAGGGCUCCUCCUCGGCCCGGGAGCCUUGUGGAGGCGGGGCUGUGGGAACAGCUGGAGCCUGUCCAGGGGCCGGACAGAUGUGCGGGCAGACUGUGAGUUUUGGUUUCUUUGUUCCAGGCUCUGGGGGCUCCCCACCCCUUUCCACAGCCAGGCUGGGUGUGCACCUAUGAGAGGGUCCCACGCCCAGGGGAAGGGGGAACUUGCGGGGAGGUGGAGGGGGCAGAGGGGAGAGGUGGCCACAUCCCCUCCCCUCCCCCUGCAGAUUCCCAACUCGGGGGGUGGGGGGGGCUUCAUCACACCCUCUCCCCAGGUAAGCCUCAGCCCGUGCUGCAGGUGGUCUGAUUCACAGUCGUCCAAGUGACUCUUGAGGAGCGUCUGCAGGCAGGAGGAUGGCCCAAGUCCUGCACGUGCCAGCCCCCUUCCCAGGGACCCCCGGCCCAGCCUCCCCGCCCACCUUCCCCUCCAAGGAGCCCGACCUGCCCUACUCCGUGGAGACGCCCUACGGCUACCGCCUGGACCUGGACUUUCUCAAGUACGUGGACGACAUCGAGAAGGGCCACACGCUGCGGCGGGUGGCCGUGCAGCGCCGGCCCCGCCUCGGCUCCCUGCCCCGCGGCCCUGGCUCCUGGUGGACGUCCACCGAGUCUCUGUGCUCCAACGCCAGUGGGGACAGCCGGCACUCGGCCUACUCCUACUGCGGCCGAGGCUUCUACCCGCAGUACGGCGCCCUGGAGACCCGCGCUGGCUUCAACCCACGCGUGGAGCGCACGCUGCUGGACGCCCGUCGCCGCCUCGAGGACCAGGCGGCCGCCCCCACCGGCCUGGGCUCCCUGACCCCCAGCGUGGCUGGCUCGACAAGCUCACUGGUGGGCGUGGGGCUGCCACCCCCGACGCCGCGGGGAUCGGGACUGUCCACGCCGGUGCCGCCCAGUGCUGGGCACCUGGCCCACGUGCGGGAGCAGAUGGCGGGGGCCCUGCGGAAGCUGCGGCAGCUGGAGGAGCAGGUGAAACUGAUUCCCGUGCUCCAGGUGAAGCUGUCGGUGCUGCAGGAGGAGAAGCGGCAGCUCACAGUGCAGCUCAAGAGCCAGAAAUUCCUAGGCCACCCGGCGGGAGCCCGGGGGCGCAGCGAGCUCUGCCUGGACCUCCCCGAGCCCCCCGAGGACCCGGCGGUGCUCGAGACCCGGAGCGUGGGCACCUGGGUCCGAGAGCGGGACUUAGGCAUGCCCGACGGGGAGGCAGCCCUUGCCGCUAAGGUCGCCGUGCUGGAGACCCAGCUCAAGAAAGCGCUCCAGGAGCUGCAGGCAGCUCAGGCCCGGCAGGCCGACCUCCAGCCCCAGGCCUGGCCGCCACCAGACAGCCCAGUCCGUGUGGACACUGUCCGGGUGGUGGAGGGGCCGAGGGAGGUAGAGGUGGCGGCCAGCACAGCUGCGGGGGCCCCUGCACAGCGGGCCCAGAGUCUGGAGCCCUACGGGGCAGGGCUGCGGGCCCUGGCGACAUCCGGCGGGGCCGAGAGCCCCCCUGUGUUCCGCAGCCAGGAGGUGGUAGAGACAGUGUUCCCAACACCCCCUGCAUCCACCAGCAAUGUCCACCUGGUAAAGAAGAUCAGCAUCACAGAGCGCAGCUGCGAUGGGGCAGCAGGUCUCCCACAGGCUCCUGCAGAGUCAUCCUUGUCACCCCCGGAGUCUGAGGGGGACUCCCUCGCGCAGCCAGAGAAGAACACAGGCCUGGUGCCUGCCCACGACGCCACCAACAGGGAGCCUGCCAGGCAAGCAGCCCCACAGGAGUUGGAGUCAGAGGAGGCCGGGGGUGCAGGAGGGCCCCCGGCAGGUGUGCCAUCCAUCAUGAAGCGGAAAGAGGAGCCCGCAGACCCCGAGACCCGCCGGAGGAGCCUCCAGUUCGUGGGGGUCAACGGCAGCGUCUCCCCCAGGUAUGAGUCCUCAUCCGAGGAUUCCAGCACAGCAGAGAACUUCUCGGACAAUGACAGUACAGAGAACGAGGCCCCAGAGCCGGAGGAGAGGGUUCCGAGCGUGGCUGAAGCCCCCCAGCUCAGGCCCAAGGAGACGGCAAAGGCCAAGAUCAGCCGGGAGGAGUGCCAGCUGUCCCGGGAGUCUCAGCAGGCGCCCACAGCUGAGGGGGCAUCGGGAUCCAGUGCGGAAGAGGAGAUCCGGAUGGAGCUCAGCCCCGACCUCAUCUCAGCCUGCCUGGCCCUGGAGAAGUACCUGGAGAACCCCAAUGCCCUCACCGAGCGGGAGCUGAAAGUGGCCUACACCACGGUGCUGCAGGAGUGGCUGCGCCUGGCCUGCCGCAGCGAUGCCCACCCAGAGCUUGUGCGGCGCCACCUGGUCACCUUCCGGGCCAUGUCGGCGCGGCUGCUGGACUAUGUGGUCAACAUCGCCGACAGCAACGGCAACACUGCGCUGCACUACUCCGUGUCCCACGCCAGCUUCCCCGUGGUGCAGCAGCUGCUCGACAGCGGUGUCUGCCAGGUAGACAAGCAGAACCGCGCCGGCUACAGCCCCAUCAUGCUCACCGCCCUGGCCACCCUGAAGACCCAGCAUGACCUCGAGACUGUCCUGCAGCUCUUCCGGCUCGGCGAUGUCAAUGCCAGAGCCAGCCAGGCGGGGCAGACAGCCCUGAUGCUGGCGGUCAGCCACGGGCGGGUGGACGUGGUCAAAGCCCUGCUUGCCUGCGAGGCGGACGUCAACGUCCAAGAUGAUGACGGCUCCACGGCCCUCAUGUGUGCCUGCGAGCACGGCCACAAGGAGAUCACGGCGCUGCUGCUGGCUGUGCCCAGCUGCGACAUCUCUAUCACCGACCGCGACGGGAGCACGGCUUUGAUGGUGGCCUUGGAUGCAGGACACAGUGAAAUUGCAUCCAUGCUGUACUCUCGCAUGAACAUCAAGUGCUCGUUUGCCCCGAUGUCGGAUGAGGAGAGUCCUGCGUCGUCCUCCGCAGAAGAGUAGCCGUCAGAGGGGCCCGAGGCGCCUCUCCCGGGGGCCAGGCAGCCCCAGAGCGAACCAUCCCUGGUCCCUCAUGCCCUCCCUGGCCGGCCCCCACUCUACCCACCAAGGCCCAAGUCUCAAAUGCAAGUGGGGUUUUCUUCUGCUUCCCCAGGGAGCCCCCAACAGCCCUGAGACUUCAGCCGAAAGCAGGUUUUUUCCCAGCACCCCGGUUCAAAGCAGCCGCAGCGCAGACCGAAGCUAAAUUCUUAUAUAAAUUGGCGCCAGUGGCUGAUGCUGGGGCGUGGGUUUGCGAAGAACGCUGAGAACAAUCAACUGGCAAUUAAGGAUGGAGGAGGGUGAGAGGGAAAAAUAUUGUAUUUCGGAAUCAUGUUCGGGGAAGGGGGGGGAAAUUUGAAAGUCACUGGAAUCGCAUAUUUUCAUUUUAAUCCUCAAUGUGAUUACGCACGGAUCACGUCUGGAGUGGCCUAAUGCGCCCCCUGCUCGCUCCCCUACAUUUAAUUGUUCGGUAUAUAAUAGCAUUUUGUCCACUUCCCCCUCCCCAGACGGCUUUCUUGGUGGAAUUUUCUUCUGGUCUCUUCACAAAGCAGACCCUGUCUUUGUCGCCCGGGGCAGGAAGUUUAGUCGUUUCUUCUGCCUUCACGUGGCCACUGCCAGCGUCUCCCACGCCCUCAUUCAGGUGGGGGGCUCAGGACCCAGCAGCCAAGGUGUGCAAGUAGUUCAUAUCGAGAGAUUACCCAGAAAUCCGUCCCCUCCCCACAUGGGGGCCCUGGCAAAUACUCAUUUUCCUAGAAAAUCCUUUAGAUGUGGAGGUGCAGGAAAUGAAUCCGGUCCCCAGAGUGGUCCUUGCAUCCCUAGGCUUAGAACGCCAGUAGCAGGGCCAUCCUUUUUCUCCCCAGACUCCAGAAUGUCUCUCCUCAAAGGAAAGAAAACAGGGCAUGAGAUUGUUGGCAAAGCAUAGGACCAGUUCCAAAAACUCCAUGUGUGCUCGAUUAAAAGUUGGCUGCCCCCAAGGGCUCCCAGUGCAAACUUAAAGAGACAGGGCUUUGCCGAAAACCAAACAAGGGCCAGCUGGGUUGUUUUUUUUUUUUUUUUUUAACAACGUACAGGCUUUCCAGAGCUGCCUGGAACGGAGCCUGCUGGAAACGGGGCUCUCCCGACACACGUAGUUUCCUGCAUGGCCUAUUUUGUCCCCAGAAUCUCAGCAAAGUUUUCUUUCCUGUUCCUUCCUUUUGUGACCAAAAAAAAAAAAAAAAGGGGAGGGGGGAAGGGGGACAGGUUCCGAGCGUCGAAAAGUGCCUUGUGACCAGGGAGUAAGAUCCCUAGUUCUUAGGUGUCCUGCCCUCUCUUGUCCAGUUCUCAGCCUAGCUGCUGGGGUGGAAGCCAAAACCCCAGCAGGACAGAGCAAGCCCUCGGCACUUACACGUUCAUUCAGUACAGCCAAGUGCUGGCUUCUCUCCUAGAAAAGUAGGUUUCCUGGCUUGAUGGAGUCUGGCUUGCUUUGAUUUUGAUGGAAGGGAUGGUACCCAAGUCAAGAGAGCUUAAAUGGUCAAAGGAGAGAGACACCCCAGUGUGUGUGUGUGUGUGUGUGCGCGCGUGCGUGCGUGCGUGUGCGUGCGUGUGUGUGUGUGUGUGUGUGUGUAAAUGGCGAGGAAAGGAAACCCAAGCUGACUGGGGAUGACCACCGACAGAAGGCCACAGCUUUGGGCAGCUUUGAGAAGCGGUACAAGCGUUGUGUGCCUGUGUGUCUGGCCCUGGAGCCGGUGGGUGUGUUUCUUUUAAGCUUUUAGAAGCAGUUCAUUGACACCCCCUAUAAGUCCAUAGUUAUCCCUGUGUUCCCUUCUCCCCAGCUUACCCACUGGACUUGGCAUGGUAGGCUACAGGGGGUCCUGCCUCUGAUCCCACUCUCUUCUCACGUGUAUUCAUGACCUUUAACUUCACUUUCCAACCACGGUACGUCCAUAAAGACAGUAUUACACUUAAAUGAAGUAUUCCUUUUAGUAAUCGUUUUUUAGAAAGUAAAGGAAUUUAAUAAAGCUACCUUAUGAUUAUGCCAAA